AUGACAUGGCCAUUGUCGCUCAUCUGGUCCAUCGACGCAGAUGCAGACGGUAAAACGGACUCACCCGCGUCCUCCGUCGUGAAGAAGAUCACUGCUGCGCCAGUGGAGCUCCUCCAACACUUCGACAAUCCCGGUUUGCCUCCCUCCGCGCGCGUGGGUGACCCGACACUCAAGCAGCGCGAGAGACAACCACUCAGCAUAUGGCAGGUUGGAAGGUUGGGCGCGUUCGCAGCGAUGAAAGCGUCCGAGUUGGUAUCGGAUGUCGUAUCGUACCAUGUUCGGGGUCCUCGACGAAAGUCAUGGGGAAUUGAGAUGACGUUACUGACGAGCAUCAUGCGAGAUGUCGGAUCACACUCGCAUCUCGGUGACAUGGCGCUCAUUCGUAUGCUCAUGAGCAUCGGCGGGUACAUCCCUCUUCCAUCCGACGCACUUGCCACUCCAGUAACCUUCCGUGUACGCAAACGCAACCUGCGGGGUAUCCUUGCCGACUUUGAUGCCGCGGAGGACGGCACUAGAGAGUUGUCGGGAGAAUGGGUAGUCGGGAAACGGACUUGGCAGAGACUGCAAAGGGAAUGGAGGGCGGUGAGGGCGAGCUCGAGAGAGAAGGAAAAGAUCAAGGAUGCCGGAUGGUCAUCGCCUGUGUCGAUGCAACAUCCGCGGAGGAAGGAGAUAGUAGUGCUGUACCUGCAUGGAGGUGCAUACUACGUUUCUAGCGCCGCCUCGCAUAGACUUGUAACAAUCCCUCUCGCCAAGAACUUGAAUGCUCGUGUGUUCGCUCUCGAUUACCGAUUAGCCCCCGAAACGCGCUUUCCUGGUCCGCUACACGAUGCAGUUUCCGCCUACCUGAGAUUGGUAGACGACCUGCAUAUACCGCCGGAGAAUAUCAUCGUCGCAGGCGACAGCGCAGGAGGUGCUUUGUCGCUCGCACUGAUGAUGUACCUGCGUGACAAUGACUAUCCCCUACCAUCUGCUGCCAUCCUCAUGUCUCCGUGGGUCGACCUAACGAUGAGCUGCGACUCGUGGGAUAGCAACGCCGAAUACGACAUCGUGCCGCGCCCGAUUCCCGGCGACCACCUGAACCCGAUCGCGUGCUACCUCGGUGAACACAUGGAGAAGUACCUCACGCAUCCAUAUGCGAGCCCGCUGUUCGGCGACCUGAAGGGCUUGCCGCCAAUGCUCGUGCAGGCAGGUGAGUGCGAGGUGCUUCGGGAUGAGAUCACACUGUUUGCGCACAAGGCGAAAAUGUCGGGCGUUGAGGUGCGGCACGAGCUGUAUGCGGACGCGGUCCACGUGUUCCAAAGUCUCCCUUUCUUCAAAGCGUCUCAGCAGGCAUUUCUCUCCUGUCGUGAUUUUGUGCAGAACUUCCUGCCGCAGUGGCAGCAGCGCUCGCCGCGCGCUCUCGAAGGCUCGACGGAAGAGAACCUCGAGCAGGAGAUCGACAACAACGCCGCGCGCGUCGUGCGCGGCGACGGCACGGAGAGCAUAUCGCGCCCCGAGGACAUCUGUGGACACAUUAGUGCGACAGGGCGCACUGCUGCCAAGGCGGACGGUGGGGAAGAGGAAGAGGACGUCUCGCCGUCGCCGAGUGAGGAGGAGAUGAGCUGGAGUGCUCAGCUGCCGACGCCAGCUGGAAGUGAAGACGAGAACAGAGACGACAGUGUCUUGAUAGCUGCGAGCAAGGCGGACCGGGAGAAGAGCAAGACGCUCUUGCCUGGGCAGGUAAAUCCGAGAUCGUCGCUGAAGAGGCUUCGCUCGACACUCUCGAUCAUUGCGGGCGCGUCGUAUCUGUCUGCGACGGACUACUUCAGCGACCCCCCACAUGAAGAGCAAGGAAACGAGCCGCCAUCUCCCAGAGCGAGGUCGCGCAGGUCAACGCUGAGCAUGUCCUCGCUGAAGCCCGUGCCGCCACCGUCGAUCCGCCGGUCCGAGCGCAGCCACCCCGACGUCCACUCGCUCAUACAGCAGUAUGCGAGCUCCGGGCCUGUGCAGGAGACAGCGACGCUUAAGUCGCAGGAGUACCGGCGGCGCCGGCGCUCGCAGACGAUGUCGUCAAUUAACAAGGAUUCAUAG